AUGCCGGCCGCAAUGAUCGCCGACACAACGAACAAUCCCUUCAUCAAAUCUCUCGCCUCCAGUAACCGCACCACCCGCGACCGCGCGCUCGAAUCUCUCCGCACCUACCUGCACCGCUCCACGCCAUUCUCGGAACUCGAGCUGCUGAAGCUAUGGAAAGGUCUCUUUUUUUGCAUGUGGAUGAGCGAUAAGCCGCUGAAUCAACAGCGACUUGCUCGGGGCCUUGCGGCGCUGGUGGAUGCACUGCAAGGGAGGGAGAAUGUGCUUGGAUGGUUGAGGGCGUUCUGGCGGACGAUGGCAAGGGAGUGGGGUGGGAUUGAUGCGUUGAGGAUGGAUAAAUUUCUCUAUCUUGGAUUUGAGUGGGUGAGGGGUGCUGGUGGGGAGGAGUGGAAGGAUGAGGGUGUGAUGGAGGAGUACUUGGAGGUGUUGGAGGAGGUGCCGCUGAAUGUUGGGGAUGGGAAGAUACCUAACGGGUUGAGGUAUCAUGUUGUGGAUAUAUAUGUGGAUGAGCUGGACAAAGUAGAUGUGGGGAGGAAUGCACCUCUGGACACUAUCCUGACGCCGUUACGGACGCUGGGGAACGAGAGCUUGACGAAAGCAGUGCGGAAGCGGGUUCAGGAGGCGCUGAAGGAUGAGCGAUUGGACGAUUGGGCGAACGCUGCCGGCUCCGACGCAGAAAGUAAGGACGCAGAAGAUGAAGGGGUCCCGGAUGGUGCGGCGGCGACAAAGGGUGCGGACAGCGAGGACGAUAAAGAGUUCGGGGGCUUCGAAGACUGA